UACUGAACUAAUGAAUAUGAGAAAAAGGCUGAAUCGACUUUCAAAGCUCGUCGUGCGCCGAGUGUGGCUGCUGCACGAACCGAGGCCGAGCGCGUGAAAAACUUUUCGUUUUAGUUUCGCGGUCCUUCGUGUAGCCAUGGGUCUGGGCGACCACCCGCCGAGAAAUGGUUUCGAGAAAACCGUCCACGCUGUCUACGCAAUGUUUGACGCUCCCGUCACGUGGGUUCGAGAGAAGAUCAUCCUGCCGAACCGGCAAGAGCGGCCCGACUACGUCUGGUACCACCGCAAGUACCGCAGGGUGCCCACCAUCGACGAGUGCUACACGGACGACAUGAUGUGCAAGUUUGAAGCGAACGAGCAGUACAAGCGAGACAGGGAGGUGGACGGCAAGAUCGUUCAUCUGCUUGGCCGCCGCCGAGACGACUGCUUCACGUACGAGUUGAACGACCCGCAGAAGUGCGACGCCAUCGUCGAACAGUUCAGGGAGGCCGAGCUCAACUGGUUCAUCAAAUAUGGCGACUUGAGCUACCACACCACCGUCGUGAACGCCUUCAUGAAGCAGAAGCAUCGGCUCAUCGCCGAGAGGCGCAAAGCGCUGAAGGCUCAGGAGAAUGGCGAGAUGCAGUGACCGGACACAGGGCACACGCCGGCGCUAUUGCAUCUUUAGUGCACGAGCGUACGCCAUUUCGUCCUAGAGUGUAAUAAAGUAGCCUGCCAAUUCUAAAGAAUAAAAAGAAAACU